GCGAACUUCACUAAAAGGUUCUAUCCUGUGUCACCAAUUUGUGCCAAUACUUCGAACAUCAUAUUCACGAUUUACUCAACUUUUCUGAGAGAUAAUAUCACAACUUGCAUCAUGUCGACUUCUACCAUCGAACAACCUCACCAACUCAGUCAAGAGCCAAUCAACCCUCAUAUGCGAUCACAACCAGAUUACAGUCUCAAUGAACUUGUUCGAGACAUCAAGCUCUAUCUUGGCGAUUGCUCGGGAAUGGAUGCAUCUGAUAUCAACGCCGACUACCUGAUCUCCCUUAUGCAAAAAUACAAGUCUGACCCUAAUGACUGGCUUCGAUACUUUAACAACCUCCCGGGGAAGAACUACACCCGGAAUGCAAUCGAAAACGUAAACCACAAGGCCAAUAUCCUCUUACUGGUAUGGAAGCCAGGCAAAGGAUCACCAAUUCACGACCACGCCAACGCACACUGCGUCAUGAAAGUGCUGUUCGGCAACCUGACGGAGACCUUGUACGAGCUACCAACGCAGCAAGGUGACGCCGCCAGCCCUAUGGUUGUAAAGAGCGAGAAGACAUACAAUGUGAACGAAGUGACAUACAUCUCCGACGAAAUCGGCCUGCACCGAGUGUCCAACCCAAGCCAGGAUCAACUCGCUGUCUCGCUGCACUUGUAUACUCCGCCAAAUGCUGCUGAUAUUGGGUAUAAUAUCUACCAAGAGGCUACAGGGAAAGCUAGCUUUAUACCGCAAGCGCAAGCGGUGGUGCCAGAAUCGUGAUGCACAAACUUGAAAUUCCGAACGCAAAGGUCAGAGACUCAUUUACGACGUAACGAUAUUCUCUUUUGUUUGAAGGAAGCAAGCGGAUGGAAAUUGAAAGGCGCAUUGGCAUGCUAUCGUAUCGGUGUUUCAGCCAGCAUUUCUCUUGGAAAUGCGUCAUCCGCUGUGAAGCACAUGCACUCUCGGGGAUCGUGACAAUCGGCGAUUGACGAUAUCUCGCGAAUGCACAACCAACUACAGAGGGCUGCGCCCUAAUUGGAUACC